AUGAUUUCUUGUCUUCGCAAAUCCACCCACCCGGACCAAAAAGCACUAGCCGCCCUCGAUCUUCGGUUCAAUGCUCCCCGCAUCUUCCACGCUUGGUUCUCCAUCAAAAUAAGUGAUCUGCCAUUUCGUCCGACCAACAUCUUCGCAUCCCCUCCUGAAAUUGAUAUGCGCUAUGUGAGGAGUUCCCAUGUAUCGCAGCCCGGCACGGGGGGUGAGGUUCCACUGGUCGCCUUGCCAGACAAGUCGGUCUUCCAGUGGACGAUCGCGAAAGAACGAAUAUUCUUGGCGCUUGGGUUCGACGUGGUCCCUCCGCCCACCAUCUCGACGACCCGCAACGAGUCUUUAGACAAGCGGGGAGAUGGUGUAUUCCUUCGUGUCGCUAGAACCCCCAUACAACCCACUUCCCUCGUCCUUGGGUCAACUCUGGGUCUGUUGCUAGCCAGAUUGACAAAAGGCGUCUCGAUUUGGUGUCCCAAACUCGGCAGCGUUGCCCAACGCCGUCCCUUCUUAUCCAUUCUGACUCGACUCAUUCUACCCGCGCAACCCGACAAGCGAAUUGUCGGCGAGGACAACAAUUUCCUCCCCGCCGUUUCAGGCCUGGCCCGUUACACGAGCCUCAGCACCGCCCUCUAUGCCAACGGGCCUCGCAUGGCGGGCGGUGAUUCUCCCUCCGUCGCCCAACAUGCUCUUUCUAUGGCUGUGGCACUCUGCCGAUCUGCCUGA